GGAGAAGACGACGUGGAAGGGGAAGAAGGAGGAGGAGGAGGAGGAGGAGAAGACGACGACGUGGAAGGGGAAGAAGAAGCGGGUGAAGAAGUGGCUGAGCAAUGCGAAGAACGGUCUCCUGAAGGCACUGAAAGUCAAAUCCGACAUUCCGAAGUGCGAAGGAGACAGAGGGGGCAACGUCCCCAUCAAAACCAAAAUGAUUAUUGGACAGAAGAAAGGGGAAGAGAAGGAGCAAGACCAGAUUACCGUCAGGCAGAAAGUCAUCAUCAUACAUGACGGGAUGCCGGUAAGGCCAAUGGAGAGAGUGUUCACCAGGGAAGAGAUAGAGAGGUCCACCGUGCUCUACCAGGAGAAAUUACGGGAGCAGAAGGAGAACGAGGAAAAACUGAUGAAGUUGAUAGAGAACUAUCAGAAGGAGGAGGAGGAGGAACAACAGAAGAAGGAGGAGGAGAACAAGAAGAAAGUGAAGGCGAUGGAGAAGGAGAUGAAGAAGGUGCUGAAGAAGUUGAUGAUUAGAAAUGUUGUGAACAUGAUCAAAGGGAAGAAGUACAAGGUGCCAGACGAUGAGGAGGACCCCCUCUACUGGGCGGCACUGGUACGCCAUGAAAUGAUGGUGGAGAUGGAGGCAAAGCUGACGAUGGAAUUAGACGAGAAGAAAAAGAAGAAAGAGGAAAAGAGAAAUGAGAAGGAAAGGCUAGCCAAGGAGAGGGAGGAAGAGAAAAGGCUAGCCAAGGAGAGGAAGGAAGAGAAAAGGAAAGAAGUACAAGGUGCCAGACGAUGA